AUGAGCCGCCCGUCUACCCACUACCCCGGCGGGGAGCGCCUGGGUUUCAGCGGCUGCUCGGCCGUCAUCUCCAGCCGGGCCAGCAGCAGCUCCGCCUCGUUCCGGGCCGGCGUCAGGGACCCCGCGGCCUUCGGCAGCAAGAGCCUCCUCAGCCUGGGGCCCGGCCGGCGCGUCUCCCUCGGGCACGCGGCAGGCCGGGACCGCGGCUUCGCGCUGCGCCCGGGCGCGGGCCUCGGCGGCGGCCGCGUGCGCGGCUUCGUGGGCACCGUCUUCGGCAGCGCCGGGCUGGGGCCCGUGUGCCCGCCCGGGGGCAUCCCUCAGGUCACCGUCAACAAGAGCCUGCUGGCCCCGCUCAACGUGGAGCUGGACCCCGAGAUCCAGAAGGUGCGCGCCCAGGAGCGGGAGCAGAUCAAGGCUCUGAACAACAAGUUCGCCUCCUUCAUCGACAAGGUGCGGUUCCUGGAGCAGCAGAACCAGGUGCUGGAGACCAAGUGGAACCUGCUGCAGCAGCAGGAGCUGAACAACUGCAGGAAAAAUCUGGAUCCCAUUUACAAGGGCUAUAUCAGUAAACUGAGGAAGCACCUGGAGUCACAGUCAGGGGACAGGGUGAGGCUGGAAUCAGACCUGAGGACCAUGAAGGAUUUGGUGGAGGAGUACAAGAAGAGGUACGAGAUGGAGAUUAAUAGACGCACAGCUGCUGAGAAUGAGUUUGUGGUGCUUAAGAAGGAUGUAGAUGCUGCCUACACACACAAGGUUGAGCUCCAGGCCAAGGUGGAUUCCUUGACUGAGGAGAUCGAGUUCUUCAAGUGCCUCCAUGAAGAGGAGAUUGCUCAGCUCCAGUCCCACAUCAGUGACACGUCUGUCAUUCUGUCCAUGGACAAUAACCGGGACCUGGACCUGGGCAGCAUCAUUGAUGAGGUCCACGCCCACUAUGAGGAGAUCGCCCUGAAGAGCAAGACCGAGGCUGAAAUGCUCUACCAGAGCAAGAUCCAGGAGCUCCAGGUGACGGCUGGCCGGCAUGGCGAUGACCUCAGACUCACCAAGGCUGAGAUAAUGGAGCUCAACAAGCUGGUUCAGAGGAUCCGCUCAGAGAUAGGGACUGUGAAAAAGCAGUGCUCCAACCUGGAGAUGGCCAUCGCUGAUGCCGAGCAGCGGGGCGACACUGCCCUCAAGGAUGCUCGGGCCAAGCUGGACAGGCUGGAGUGCGCCUUGCACCAGGCCAAGGAGGAGCUGGCCCGGAUGCUGUGCGAGUACCAGGAGCUGAUGAACACCAAGCUGGCCCUGGACGUGGAGAUCGCCACCUACCGCAAGCUGCUGGAGGGCGAGGAGUGCAGGAUGUCUGGUGAAUAUCCAAAUUCUGUGAGCAUCUCCGUCAUCAGCAGCACCAACUCUGGGGCAGGAGCAGCUGGCUUCAGCAUGGGCAGUUACAGCUACAAACCUGCAGCCACGGACGUCAAAACUAAAGGCAGCUGUGGCAGCGAAUUCAAGGAUCCCUUUGCCAAAACCUCGGGCAGCAGCUGUGCAGCAAAAAAGUCCUCCAGAUGA